AUGGCACGCAUACUACGACUUUCGCCUUUGCAGCGCAACACGAUUACAUGCAUUGCCCUCUUCAUUAUCACAAACAUUGUCGUAAUCUCACAGUAUUGGGGCCCGCGAACUUUAGCCCUUUCAUCCUCCCCUUCAGAUUCAGAUUCCAAAGACGUCGGCCACAUUUUUCUCAAGUCAGAGUCCGAAGCUCAGGAGGAGGAAGACGCGAUUCUUAACCCACCUCGUAUUCUCCUGGUUUCCGCCCUAUUUGACUUCCCGACCGCAAGAUCAUCCGUUUCUAAUGCUUCUCAUCAAUAUUUCGAAUACCUCCCGCGCUUCCUCGGUUCUAUUACCAACGACGUCUAUUUCUAUACCACCCCCGACCUGGCACCUGCGGUCCGUGCUGCUCACGGUAGCGAUGCCGCUUCUAACUUGAUGGUUGAUACUUCAUUCAUGUCACCAUUUGACAUCCCGCCACUCAAAGGCAGGGAGCUGGUUUACAGCCGGAUGCGAAACGCAGCGCGGAAUAUCGAUACUACUAACGAGGGGGACGAAGCGGACAUUGUCCAUAGUCCUAAAACAUUGGCUUUGAGAAAUGCAAAAAUGUUCUUUCUAGAGCAUGCGAUCCAAUCUUCGCGCGGCGGCGAGGAAAAUUAUUCCGAUAACGACUACGACUACAUCUUUUGGGUGGACCUUACAGUUUUCAACGAUGAUCAAUCUUACGUCUCUUUCCCCGGCCCUGCCCGCGUGGAGACAGUUUGGAAAGAAGGGAGCCUGCUGACCGGGAGUCCUAAGGAGGACCUACUCUUCUUCCCUAUCGACCAAGCGCCUCCACCGGAUAUGCACGAUUGGACGGAGGAUAUGGGUCCCAUUGAAACGAAUUUCACUCAAGGUUCGUUUUUCGGAGGUCCUCCCCGGUCUAUCAAGUGGCUUUCAAAGUCGUUCUAUGCGUACCACGACUACUUCAUUCAACUUGGUUUUGCCUCUGCACUUCCACGAGCCCGGUUGCCUUCGCAUCGUAUGGGGAUAGUAAACACGCUACUGAUGAUGUACCCAGAGAGGUUUAUCACAGUGUGGCCCAGCGACCCAGAGGUGAAUCUUGGUACCAAGAACAAGCCCAAAGGGCUGAUACACAGUCUGUUCAAUAUCAACUGGAAGAUCAAUCUUAAUCAAGCCAGCGGAGCGCAAGUGAAAGGGUAUCUAGGUGAAUGUGGGGACGAACAGGUCUAUUAUCAGUGGUGGCUUAGCGGGCAUGAGGCGAGAGAGGCUGCGAGGAAUUGGUGGAAUGGGCUCGGGCGUGACCCUCGCGACCCAACGAGACUUUUUAACGAUAAUCGUGCGGCGGAAACCGAUUGGUGGAAGACAAUGGUUCCUGUUCAAUCUACACCAUGUCAUUUGUCGCGGGUGUUGAGUGUCGAGAGUGUUUUACACAGAACGUUCGGGGAGGGGUGGCAGGUCCCCACGGCGACUGUAACAAAACCUAGUCGAUCUUGGUGA